AUGGAGGAAGCAAACCAAACUGGGAUGAUCCACUUCCACUUCCGCCCCUUCUCCCGACUCCCCGAGGUGCAGGUGCUGAUUUUCGUGACCUUUCUCGGGAUGUACCUGGUCAGCAUCACUGGAAACCUCUCCAUUUUCCUCACCAUCUGGAUGAGCCGCUGUCUCCACACCCCCAUGUACUUCUUCCUGGCAAACCUGGCAGCUCUGGAGGUCUUCUACUCCUCCACCAUCGCCCCUCUGACCCUGGCCAGCGUCCUGUCCACAGAGAGCACCCUCAUCUCCCUGCCAGGCUGCGGCACCCAGAUGUUCUUCUUCAUCUUCCUGGGCAGUGCGGACUGCAUUCUGCUGGCCGUCAUGGCCUAUGACCGGUUUGUGGCCAUCUGUCACCCUCUGCGCUACACCCUCAUCAUGAGCUGGCGCGUGUGUGUGCAGCUGGCCGUGGGGUCCCUCGUGCUGGGGUUCGCCUUGGCCCUGCAGCUGACUGUGCUCAUCUUCCGGCUGCCCUUCUGCAGCAGCAAGGAGAUCAGCCUGUUCUACUGCGACGUCCUCCCUGUCAUGAGGCUGGCUUGUGCCGACACCCACGUCCACGAGGUCACCCUGUUUGCGGUCAGUGUCAUUGUGCUCACCAUCCCCUCCCUGCUCAUCACCCUGUCCUAUGUCUUCAUUGUGGCUGCCAUCCUGAAGAUGCGCUCUGCAGAGGGGAGGCACAAGGCCUUCUCCACCUGCUCCUCCCACCUGACUGUGGUCCUCCUGCAGUAUGGGUGCACAAGUGUCAUCUACCUGUGCCCCAGCUCCAGGUACUCUCCAGACAGGGGCCAGGUGGUGUCUGUGGUUUACACAUUUGUCACCCCUGUGCUGAACCCCUUGAUCUACAGCAUGAGGAGCAGGGAGCUUAAGGAGGCUUUGAAGAGAGCAUUGAUGAGGUUCCUUGUGCUCUAG